UUUGCCGUUCUCAUCACGAGUGGGGUUGGGGUUUCUCGUUGUAUGUCCCUCUAUUUCCCCUCUAAUCCUUUGAAUCCGUCUCGUACGCUGCUCGAGACGUAGUGGAUCGACGAUUCGCCGCGGAAUCUGUCUAUUCUGGUCUUAUUAGAGAAUUCUUGGAGUUAACUUAGUGAUCAUGGGUAGAUCGAGAUCGAGCAUAGGCACUUUUCAAGACCUUGAGCUGAGACUCGGCCUGUCUCCCCUGUAUAAAGGCCAGAGUUCAGCUGCAAGUUGCACAAGAGGUUGUCCCGAGUUUAUACUGAUCGAGGAUGACGAUGAUGACGUGCAGAUGUAUACUCCAUCUUCAGGGGAGGAAAUUAGGCUCGAUCAAUAUACAAGUUCAUUGGCACCUACAAUCAGAGAAGAUGAUCUAGAACUUCGGCUUGGAGUUGGAGCCUCUAAUUUUUAUCUUCAGAGUUCAAAUGGCUGGAAUGAUACAUUAGAAGACGGAUACAAAGACCCUAAUGCUUGGAAAUCUGGCAAGGCAUCAAGCAGCCAAUACAUGUCUAAUAUCAUCGAGGUGAAGUUGAGAUGUGCUAUUUGUAUGGACACAAUGAAGGAGGAGACUACUACCACCUGUGGACAUGUAUUCUGCAAAGCUUGCAUCAUUAGUGCCAUCCGAGUACAGAAGAGAUGCCCAACCUGCCGAGAGAAGCUGUCUCAAAGUAACAUUCACCGGAUAUACCUGCCAGGAUCAACUUCAUGAUGUCAACUUAUUAAGCAGUAACUUUAUACAAGUUCAUCCACUAUCUUGAUAUACUGGGAUCAUCUUAUCAUGAAACAUUGUUAAGGGGACAAAGUGCAGGUUGUCGACCCCUUUGUUGUAUACAUGAAGAAUUCUAGUACCUUUCGGAAGAUGUAAUUCUUGGAUGGAAAGUUUUCCCAGACUAUGGUUUUUGUAACUUGAUAUGGAUAUGAUACUGUGAACAUUUGCAUGAAAUGUUAUCGUAUGUGAUUAUAUGGAAGAAGGUAUUGUAGACAGCAUUCUCCAAA